AUGGAGGAGCAAGCGAGAAUUCCUGACAGGUUGACCACGGUUGGGCUUGACCCUAGGAAGUGCGCAACGUCUGUUGGCAAUAUUAAAACCAAAAGAAGUAUAAGGACGGAAGUUUCAUCAACAUCUUCCGGCAGUGCCGACAGGGUGGCAAGUAUGUCCGUCGCACAUUGUGGAAACUUGACCACCGGGGGCGCGGAGGUCCAGUUGAGGUCAUGGUCAAGCGAUUCCACCGCGUUGCGAACCGACGGGCGGUUCAGUUCUGUCCCGCACCAGAACCAUCUACAUAUUACGAGUACGAAGGAACAAAGUUUCACGAAAGAAGCCCGCAGCGCCCCCUUCUACGCCGAGGGCGUGCACCAGUCGGACGCGGGUUCUAAUGCCUCUUCCGAGGAGGAAAAACCGGGGAAGCUGAAAAUGGUGCUGUUUUGGUUCAUGGUGUUCCAGUCCAUUUUAUGCAAUACAAAUUUCCACCACCGCAACCGCUCGUACACAUUCAUACGAGAUGUCGAUCACAAGUUUCGCCACUUUGGAGGCUACCACUUGUCAUGCUGAGCAAUCGGCUUGAAGGCAUCAAGCUUUAUCAUGCAGAAACCGCAUUAGUAUUUCAUUUGUAGGUGUAGUUGUACGGGAAAGAUAAAUUCACUGUGGAUACGUUUACGCGGUCGUGAUCAUGAUUUUUGCCAUCCUGGCCUACAUCGAGUUGGCCGACAGCACGAACGAGGUGAUCGGCAUUCUGCGCAACUGGUCCUUGCAGCCGGUCAACGACAUCCAGAUCCUGGACAAGUCCAGUAUGGCCUGCUCACACGUUACAAUCUCAAUCUCAAACGUUACAAUAGAAUCUGGAAUUUGUGUUGCAUAAUGAGCAUGACAGACUCGCAGACCACUCCACUUUCUGCAAGACAAAUUUCGGCAGAUUGUAGUGCGGUUUGGGGCUCCGGAACUUGUCAUGCGCAGUCCUAUGAGACUUGGCUAGAUCAUGCACUUCUUGCAUCACUGAUUUCCAAACUCUAUUGUAACGCUUGAGAUUGUAACGUUUGAGGAGGUCAUAUCCAGUACCAGCGUCGCUUGCCCGGCCGGGUACGAGGAGGCCUUCCAGUCCUGGAGCCGGAUGAGCGACGACAUCAGCCCGCAGCUCGGCGGCAAGGCCUGGCGCAACUACGAGGGGGUAAACACGGGGUGCGAGUGCUGGAACGCACGGUGCGUGGAGAAGACGCGCACGCGAACGGACCAGCAGGGCAACGAGAUCGAGGAAACCACGUGCGAGACCUACUCGUGGCACUACGUGAUGAACAAAGGCUCUUGUUCCGGCGAGCAGGUGCAGCACGGCUGCAACCAAUUUGCGCCGGUGGUGCCGGGGGCGGUCAUCUACUACUGGAGGUCGAAGAAGAUCUAUCACAGGAUUUUAGUGUCACAGUUACGCAUUUCUUGCAGUUUCAGCAUCACAAAGUUUCUGUAUAGCAAAGAAAACUUAAUGUAUUGCGCAGACUCUAAAGGAAAACUCGCAUGAAAUGAGGCUGGAAAGCAUUUCCUGCAUGACAGAGGUUGUCUGUCUUGCUGGUCUUGCGUCAGGGUGUGUAACUGUGUACACUUUUUUCCUGCGAUAAGAUCUGCGUGGCCCGGGCGGGUAUCCCGGCGAUCGACCGGCCCGUCGACCACGCGCUGGACGGGUGUCCCAGCGACAAACCGUACGAUUGCUCCGUUGGGUCGGUGGGCGCGGAGGGCAAGGUGUCGCGGCCGUACUGCGUUACCACCGCGAACGACUGCCCCGUGUACGGGGUGUAUUUGUUCGACAUGAGUGCUGGUGGAAGCACGAAUUCCUCCCUCCCCACUGGAUGGCAGGUCGCGCCCACCGCCGCGCAGAGCUCCACGACCAGCAACUUCGACGGGAACUACGUCCUGAUUUACACGCGGGACCGCGCGCACGCGGAGGCGUUCCGCCAGACGCUGGCCUCGCAGUUCACGCAGUUCCACAGCUGGAACAAGGCCACGCCAGUCGUGGAACUGGGGGUGGAGCCCUGCUACGACAACCCCCACGUGCUGGGUAUCCUCCGCUGAUGAAAAGUAUCGCUUAUUUUUACGAAUAAUUGCCGUCCUCUGGCAUGCCGGCUCCGGGAUUAUAUGUGCCUGGUGUGGAAGUUUUAUUUAUUUAUUUUUUUCGUGGAACAAUUCAAAUUUUUUUACGCGAUAAAGAUAAUAAAAAAUUUCUUUAACACUACUCGCGCGAUGCUUUUCUUUGCAUUUCAUACGUGGGUCGGAGGAGCAAAAGUGCCACCACUCUGACGUGCGGUGGAUCGAGUGGAACCGUGACAAGGCGCGGCCCCUGUACACCAACGCACUGACUCCAGCUCAAUACUCCGGGUUCAGCGGCACGGCAAUCCUGCACAAUUCCGCCAGACAGCGGUGUAAUCAGAAUGGAGGGUCAGGUACAACUCGGAGAUGGUGCAAAAGUAUCGUAUUCGUAGUAAUUGCAGUCAUGCAUGCAUCACGAUCACGAAUCCCCCUCUCAGGGAAAAUCCGCAUUACAAAUUCCAUUUUCCAUGCUAACAUUUUUCUGUCUUUGCCUCAGCCGUUCUGCCGCCUAGGAAUCGCUCCUCAAUUGCGGGAAGGCGGUUUUUUGGGUUUUUUUGGUCCUUUUGAAGAAGAGAGACGCUGCCCAAUUUUCAAAAAUUGCAAGAAUUUUCGUCUUUGCCUCAGCCGUUCUGCCGCCUGUGAAUCGCUGCUCACCCGUGGGGACGCGGUUUUUUGGAUUUUUGCGGUCAUUUUGCAAAGAGGAACCGCUGGCCAAUUUUCAAAAAUUGGAAGUUUUUUUUUCUUUGUCUCUGCCGUUCGGCUGCCUUGGAAUCGCUCCUCACCCGUUGGGAGGCGGUUUUUUGGGUUUUUGCGGUCAUUUUCUAGGCAUGAGGCGCUGGCCAAUUUUCAAAAAUUGCAAGAGUUUUCGUCUUUGCCUCAGUCGUUCUGCCACCUAGUAUGAAUCGCUCCUCACCCGUGGGGACGCGGUUUUUCGGAUUUUUGCGGUCUUUUUGCAAGCAGCAGCUUCAACAAAAAAAGUUGCGAGAUUUUUCGAGCUUAGAAACUUGUAUUGCAAGGCCUUCUAGUACGAUGCUUUUAUUGCAAUGCAUAGUGUUGAUUUGGCGAAGUGGACAUGGACUGUUUAAACGAUGGUCCUUUCUGUGCGGUCGUAUUGCAUCUUCGCAAAGGACCGCCGCUCUGUAGUCAUGCAGGACCACUUAUUGAAAAUUACCAAAAACAAAAUCCUCAGGCACCUGUGUCGAGUUUGAACCGUCGACCAGUGACACGUGGCGGCUGACGCAGAUGCCCGAGGUUUUCUGGAACAAGGAAUGCGUGAAGAAGGGCGUGGAACGGAAGAAAGUGAAGAACCGGCGAAACCCGGUGGAGGACAUCGUGACCUUUCAGCUCGUCGUGCUGGUAUUCUCGAUUUUGAACACCGUCGGGAAUUUGGUUUUGACCAUUCUGUUCUUCAUGAACUACAUGCUGGAGUACGACUUGCCGAUGUUCCCCGGGGAGGGACACGAAGAGUACCAGUACAUGGAAAAGUUUCGUAAGUACGUCGGCUUGGUGUGCAAGCUGUUGGUCCUGCCCUUCGUAAUCGUGGCCUUUGUGGUGGCGGACAGCGUGCAAGACUUCUUCCAGGAAGUCAAGGACUACAAUUGCUCCGACCCGGACACGAUAUGACAGUGCACAACUCCCCCUCCCCCUCAAUUGCAGCGCAAUUCUAGCAACAGAAACCACCUCAAAAAUGCAGUCUCUGGAUAUACAAAUCCGCGCACAAAGCAUAGAGCAGUUUGGGCUUCCAGAACUUGUCAUGCAAGCACAGCCAAAAGGCUCACCUCAGAUAGGAUUUGACAUAUACAAAGAAAUGAGGGGGAAGAGGAGUUGUGCACUCUCAUACACGAACGACACGAUUCACAAGCUCGCCGAGGGCAUCAGCGGGGUGGCGUCGAACAACCUGACGGCGAUAUCGUAUUUAAAAACGUCCCCACCACAUAGUUGUAAUUGCAAAUCUGCAUGCUGAGAAUGUUUCUCAUGCGGAGCCUCAUGAGAAGCUUUUUCUAGUCGUGUUUUGGAAUUUGUCAUGCUCCAAUCAGCAUGAUAAACUAGAUCUGUGAUGCUGCUGAACUACCUCAAACAGCACUACGCUACGAGUCCAAAUUUGUCAUGCAAAACGGCCAAAGCUUGUGGAUUUGUUUAGCCGAUUUUCCAUCUUGACCAUGGGGCGGGGACGUUAUUACAUAGGAUAGGCGAUGGUGAUGACGAUAAUUGUCGUGCUGAUGGAGCUGUGUAUGUGGUACCGGGCGAACCGAAUCCAGAAGAAACACGAUGACAAAAUCAAGCCUAAGAAUAUGAAAACCGAUAAUUUUGAGGAGUUGGUGCUCAGCUUCUACAUUUGAUGUAGUUCACAGCAAUUAAUAAAUAUAACUUUUUCAACACAUCACAACGUGUUUCUUUCUUUUUGCAUCCGCCAUGACAUCAUGAUGUUAAUACACCAAUCGAGACUGUGGUGGAUUUUUUCUAGGACGAGCAUGUCUCUCUGUGGAUGUUUAUCAUGUUUUGUACCCAUCUUCUCCUCGUCUCUCCGCCUCAUACGAGAAAAAGAGGAGAAGCCGGCAGUCGCUGUGGGGCCGGAGGUGAUUAUCAUGGAUGACCCUGGGAAGACCGAUCCGAACGGCCCGAUAAUCCAGCAGCCCGUGGUUAGUCCCGCGGGACCCACGGAAGGUCCCAUGGUGGGCACCAACACCGGUGACGGCGACAAGUUCUGCGAUAUCUGUGCGAUUGGCUCGGGACAGAGGGUAUAGGAUUUUGGACGAGAAGAUGAAAGUUUUAGAUAAUUUGAAUUUGCCAUGCAAAAAAUGUAGUGUGAUGUGUACACUCACGACUUGUCCCAAUCGUUCCCGAAAGAACAAAAUUUCCAACAGCUCCUGAAGAUCAUCAUCUUCGUCGAGGGCGGGGAGGAGGAGACCCAAAAGCCCUGCGGCAUCCAGCUCGUCGCCGAAGACGAGAACACCCGGGUCGACAGCAGUUUUCCGGCGCGGUGCGCCGGGUCACCAGAGUCGAAGCGACAGGUCGAGGUGCAGUGCCAGCCGCACGAGUACUUGACGAGUAUGAAAGGCGCCUUCACGCUGCACGGGUGGCCGCAGCUCUGCCAGCAGCUGGGGUUCCAAACCAACCUGGGCCGGUUCGAGGGGUCGAACUUUCUGGAGGAGGACUUUUCCAGCCUGGAGGCGUUUGACCUGGCGAGGAACAACGUGGGUGGGAAGGAAGCCAUCAUCGGCUUAUCCGGCGCGUUGUCGGAAGACGGGAUCCACUGGCUCCGCCUUCACUACGGCCCACCGCCGAAGCUGGCGGUCAGCGGCAACGACGGCACCGCCGUGAUCGAGCAGCCGGGGGUAGGCGGGGCCGCAAUUGUGGUCCAGCAACCCGGGUUGGUGGACGGCGGGGCCGGUGCUGCGCCGGGCAUCGUCGCGCAACCGGGGAUGUGAUGAAACGGAGGAGGAGAAGAGGAGUCGAUUUUUUAGAUGUUUCAAUCAAGAUCGCGAUUCAGGGUAGUACUGAAUGAAGAAUGUUUCAAGGCAGCGCUUAUCCUCUGCAAAAGUAUCGUAUUCGUAGUACUAAAAGUCGUUGCAGUCAUGCAUUACCAGUCCCUCUCUUUUUAGAAGGGAUAAUCCGCAUUAACACCAUUGUACUUAACAAGAUUUUUUUGUCUUGUUUGCCUCAGCCGUUCUGCGGCCUACGAAUCGCUCCUCACCCGUGGGGAGGCGGUUUUUCUGGUUUUUGCGGUCAUUUUGCAAGCAACAGACGCUGCCCACUUUUCCAAAAUUGCACGACUUUUUUUCUUUCCCUCAGCCGUUCUGCGGCCUAGGAAUCGCUCCUCAUCCGUGGGGAGGCGGUUUUUCUGGUUUUUGCGGUCAUUUCGCAAGCAGCAGACGCUGCCCAAUUUUCAAAAAUUGCACGACUUGUUUUCUUUGCCUCAGCCGUUCUGCGGCCUACGAAUCGCUCCUCACCCGUAGGGAGGCGGUUUUUCUGGUUUUUGCGGUCAUUUUGCAACGAGGAGUUAAAAGGUGCAAGAUUUUUUCGAGCUUGGAAACUUGUAUUGCAAUGCCUACUUAACUAGUACGAUACUUUUGCAAUGCAUAGCACUGGGUAGAGGUCUUUAGGACCGUGACAGGCGGUGUUGGUACAGUAGUGAGAAUUUCAAUUCUGGUGCUAUGUGGAACUUUGUUUGUACGAUGUGAGGAAAAGAACAAGGGCGUGAUAGAUCAUAGCUAAGACAACUUAGUACUAUACAGGAACUAGAAGUUUUUCUUCGGUGAUUUGAGGCGAAGAUCCGGUUCAGAGAUGGAAGCAUCUUGAGCACACGCGCGGUGCUCCUGGUGCGAAUCAGAUGAGG